UGCCAAUUACAAAUAAUAUAUAAACACACUACACCAUGGUAAAACAAACUUCAAGACUUAUAGCUCCCAUUUCUUAGGCUAUGCAUUCUUUUAUUUUAUUCCCCACUUUUCAAUUUUAUUCACCUUCAACUAUUGCUUACCUUGUAAUCCAUAACCAACUUGGCACCGAAUUUCGGAAAAUCUCUCGAUGAAAUCUGGUCAGAUCUUGCUUCCUGCGCUCUCCAUUUUUAUUGCUCGUCUUAUAAUUCAAUAUAAUCUCCAUCCACCACCACAACAGACCUUCCUCCUUUACUUCUGAUACCCCCUCUUAUUUCACCACUCUUUCAUCUUUCUCUACAAUGGGCAUGGCCACUACCAAGUCUGAGUUUCAUGUUUUGGCUGUUGAUGAUAGCAUCAUAGAUAGGAAACUCAUUGAGAGGCUUCUCAAAACUGCUUCAUAUCAAGUUACAACAGUUGAUUCUGGGAGCAAAGCUCUGGAGUUUCUGGGUUUUUGUCAAGAUGUGGAAAGCAACUCAAAUGAACCUUCUAUCUCCCCGAAUAAUCAGCAGGAGGUGGAAGUGAACCUAAUAAUUACAGACUACUGUAUGCCAGAGAUGACAGGCUAUGAUUUGCUGAAGAAAAUUAAGGAAUCUUCAUCUUUCAGAGACAUACCAGUAGUGAUCAUGUCAUCUGAAAAUGUUCCUUCAAGAAUCAGCAGAUGUUUGGAAGAAGGCGCUGAAGAAUUUUUUCUUAAACCAGUAAGAUUAGCCGAUGUGAAUAAGCUAAAACCCCAUAUGAUGAAAACCAAAAACAGAGACUGUCAAAAGGCAGAACAGGAGGAAGUAUCAUCACAGGAGAAAAUAGUCCCGCCAGAGGUUCAGUCUUCAGAACCACCUCAGCCAGAUGACAGCAAUAACACGAAGAGAAAGUCUACUGAAGUGGAAGAAGAAGUUUCACAGGACAGAACCCGGCGGAGAUACAAUGGGCUCACAGUAAUUUGACACUGAAUGUACUGAUAGAUUUUGUUUGAUUUCUAAUCCUGGUUUAUAAUUAGAGGAAUUAGAGAGACUUUGAUGUUUUGGUACAUGAACUAGCUGCAUUUUUGUUCUCCUGAUUUUAAAGGAACUGAGAAAAUGACUGUAAAUUUAACAAACUUGGUGUGGUCAUCAAGAACAACUUUGCUCACAUUUGUAAUAUAUCUUCAUCCUUACAUUGUC